AUGAGUGCUCGCUUGCAUUUGGCGACGAAGAAAGGAUGUGAUGGUGUCGAACUAGACAACGUUGAUGCCUAUAUGGUGAAUAAUAAUAGAAGCGGAUUCCUACUUAGCUACAAUGAUCAGCUCAAAUAUAACAUUUGGUUAGCAAAAGAAGCUCAUCAACGAAAUCUUUCGGUUGGAUUGAAGAAUGACCUUGAUCAAAUUAAAGACCUAGUAGAAUAUUUUGAUUGGGCACUCAAUAGACAAUGUUGGGAAUACAAAAGCUGUGACAUGCUUCAGCCGUUUGCCAAAGGUUUGAUCUUCUAAUUAUAUCAUACGCAACAUAUGUUAGAAGAAUAAUGCUAAAUAUUCAAAAAUCAAACAGAAUAAAAGCAUUUUCCAUUUGGAGUUUUUACUUUAUUCUUUUUAGCUAACAAGGCAGUUUUCAAUUUCGAGCACAAAACUAUGAAUAGCUGUCCACAAGCGAUUCAAAAGAAAUUCAGCUCCAUUCAAUCGCCAAAAUCACUCGACGGAAGAAAUAUGAAAAUGUGCAAUGAACAAGGACAACUUGUAUCAUUUUGAAGCAAAUUAACAUUUACGUAGGUGAAGUUAGCAGCCGAUUCAAGUGUUUUCAGCAGCGAUUUGCCCAGGAACUUGUUCCAAUUGUUCCAGCCCUGUUCCAAGUAGAACUUGAUGAGCUUUAUCCAAUGGUGUGCUCAAAUUUUUGAUAGCUGAAAGUAGGAUUUUGCGGUCAAUAUGUGACGCUAGGGAGAAUCUGAAAAUCCUACUUUCAGCUAUCAAAAAUCUGAGCAUACCAUUGGAUAGAGCUCGUUGAGUUCUACUUGAAACAAUUGGAACAGGUUCCUGGGCGAAUUGCUGCUGGAAACACCCGAGUCGACUGCUAACUUCACCCAUGUUUAACAUUUUUUUUAUUCUCAAAUGACACUUUCGAUAAAGGUUCAAUAUGAUUUAAAGAUACUUGAAUUAACUUUCAGCUAAAAAAAACUUAAUUUAGCUAGAUUAGGUGAUCAGCCGAGAUCAGUUUAAAUGUUCACAAACAAGCAAACUGUGAGGAACGUUGAGCUAGUCUACGUAGUCUAUUCGGUCAAACCUAAUCGCUGCACUUGAUUGCUGAAAGCACUUGGUACAUCGAAUUAUAGAGAAUCAAUUAUUCUUCUUAGAAUCGAAGACUAUAACAAAUCUAGAAUGAUUGCUUCCUGUAAAAUUAUCAUCUUAUGUCGAAUAAAAAAAUAUGGGUCCUAUUACAAUUAGGUCGGUGGGGUGUGCAUCUGAGUUUGGAAGAUAAGAAUAUCUACACUUUCAUCCGUCGUUAUUAUUAAUUUAUAAUUUAUAUCAGGUAAAUCAAACGUUGGAUUAUUGAAUAUAUUUCUUCUCUCUUGUUUCGAAUAUAAAUAUAUUAUUGUCGCUAAAAGUUUAAAAUCUACAACAAAGGAAAAGCAUCGAUGCAUACGUUCUUGUAAAAUCGUUGCUUUAAUUGUUGACGUUUAAAUAACGGUUUGAUCAACUUUUUAUCCUAUUCAUAACAAAAGAUGUAUGUGUUCGUAUAUAGUUGAACGUAUAAAUUUUACAAAGGAAUGUUUUAUUUAAGUAGAAAAACAUCAACAAUUAAUUUUGUUUCGUGAAUCCAAUAUUGAUAAUUGUAAUAACACGAUCAGUCCCAUUUAUAUUCGAUGCACAAUUCUGAUGAAAAAUUAUCAUCUAAAUCUUGAUGCUUUUAUAUAUGGAUGUGCAGUGUUAGUUUACGUGAUCACUGACGAUACCGACUCAGUGCACCACUGUAGCACUGACUACACUGACAUCAACUGGAAGAAAAAUACGGGUUCGAAAGAAGUCUGCAUUGGAUAAGAUCACAUGAUUUGACUAAUCUCUCAAUUUUUUUAGAGUUGAUUAUAUUGAAAGUAACAUUUCUAAUGGAUUAAACAAUUAUCUUUUCACUAUUACCAUAUAACAAACAUUAUGUUUUUCCUACUAUCUUCUUUAUUUUCUUCUUUCAUGAUUUUUAUUUAUGUAUUCGAGUAAAAUACGAAAUGAUGCAAUAUAUCGAAUGUCGGCAUCAAUGAAACCAACGUGCCAGUGACACCGCUGACAGUGCAGUCAAUGCUACAGUGGUCACUGUACCGGUGACAUUGAUCUCGAUUUUUCAGUAUUUACGCUGGCACUGUACAUUCCUAACAUGUAAUUACAUUUACAUGUUUUUUUCGUUUUGCAGCCAUUCGCAGUCGUCCUAUAACUCCUAUUUUGUUUUCGAAAAGACUCCCAUAUUCCUUGAGAAAGUACCUUGUAGCUGACGUAAAUAUUAUUAUACUCCUAGAUUUGAAACCAGUUUCUACUCUGGCUGCUACUAUCUAUAGCAUAUCACACAAAUAUUAUUGUUUUGUGGUUAAUUGGAAGGUCAUUAUAAUUUUGUUUCGUUUUUGCUACUCUUCCACAAUAAUUUUAAAAUUAUAUUUUAUUUUAUUAUUUAUUGAGUUAUUAGUAUUUAUUUACAUUUACAAUUUUUAUUUUUAUUUUACAAACGUUUCGAAAGCGUCAGCUUUCUUCGUCAGUGUGUUUAAAACAGAACAAAUAGAAUAAUGAUGCGACGAGUGUGUGAUGCUAUAUGUUUUUUCCUUUUUCUUUUUCUUCUUAUGGCACUGGUACGAAAGAAGAUACAAUAUAACC